AUGUUUUUAAGAUUUCUAAAAAAUAAUGUUCUAAGUUUAUUAUUAGUAUUUUUAUUAUGUGCUCAUAUAUUCAUUAUUCAAAAGUAUGCUAUUUUCAGAGUGGAUGAAAACAAUGCUGAUAGCACCGGCACAGAUUCAGUUCUCAAACAAAAGUUAAAGUUGAAACAACAAAACAAGAGGAACUCCGAUGGUUUCUCGAAAAGCGCUGCUAUGAACAGAGUGAAUCUGGGCGAGCAUCUGGAUUUCAGAGAGUUGUCUCUGAUGUCUGCCAAUCAUCCAUAUUCUAUAUUGUCGGAUCUGAAAGAUACAAAGGUAGAGUUGCCCGAUGUCUGUAGGUAUGCCGGACUCGCCGGUACCACCAGACAGCAGGCACCGGAUUUUCUUCAGCGUUGUGAGGGUGCCGAUUACUAUCAGCCGGUGAUAACACCGACUCCCGUUCUCGACGUCGAUAACAUGAACUACUCGAUCAAGACCGAUAGUGAUGCGCGUGCCCGCUAUGCAUAUGCACCGGCCAACUACUCGGCGGAGCCAAUCGUCACCAUUCUAACGCCGUUCUACAAUAUCGGUCCGAUUCUCCACGAGACUGCCAAGUCGAUAUUCAGACAAUCGCUGCAAUCGUUCCAAUGGGUCAUUGUCAACGAUGGUUCGCCAAACAAGACACUGGUCAGAGAUUCACUCGGUGUCUAUCGUAAUUUGAGUUUGACCGAUCCUCGUAUCACCAUCAUCGAUCUACCAAAGAAUCUGGGAUUGCCGGGUGCUCGUAACGAAGGUUUAAAGUCGGCACGUGGUAAAUACCUUCUCCUCUUGGAUCCCGAUGAUCUCAUUGAAUUCACCUACCUCGAGAAAGCCGUUUGGUUCCUCGAAACACAUCCACAAUACUCGCUGGUAAACGGUUGGUCACUUGGUUUCGGUCACAAAGAGUAUUUCUGGCAAAAAGGUUUCCAAAAUGGUGAUAUCAAUUUAAAGGAAAAUUAUAUUACUGUUGCUUCUGUUAUGAAAACUGAGGUUUUAAGACAAGUAGGUGGUUUCGAUGCAUCACUGAGAACCGGUAUGGAGGAUUGGGAUCUUUGGAUGAGAAUGGCGGAUAAUGGACACUGGGGACAUACUUUGGAGGAGUUCUUCUUUUGGUAUCGUGUCAGUCCACCUGGAAAGUGGGCUUCCAUCUACAAUGAAACGAAAUUCAAUGCUUUCAUGGAUAAUCAAAAGAUAAAGUACAAGACUGCCUUUAGUCGUGGUGUUCCAAAGUUGAGUCGUGCACCGCAAGACAAGAUGGAGAAUGUCGUCUCUGAGAUAACCGUGUCCAACGUUCUGAGAAAGUGUCGUCCUCGUAUCUUGAUUAUUCUGCCAUAUAUGGAAAUUGGUGGUGCCGAUCAGUUCAACUAUAACUUUGCUCAGGGAUUGGUGCUCGAUGGCUGGGAGGUCAGUAUCGCCGGAAACAAAGAGGCCGCAAACAAGUGGCAACCGCAAUUCCUGCGUGUCACACCAGAUAUCUUUAUUAUGCCACGAUUCCUGAGGGUGACCGAUCAAGCUCGUUUCCUUGUCUAUCUUAUAAAGAGUCGUCAGUUUGAUGUUGUUUUCGUAACCAACAGUGAGUCCGCUUACAACUUCCUACCAUAUCUACGAACACAUGCACCUGGACCUGCGUAUGUCGAUUACAUUCACUCGGAAACACCUGGCUGGAAGAAUGGUGGAUAUGCACGUUACUCUGUGGGAGCGGAGCCAUUCUUGGAUCGUUCUAUAUUUGCUAGUGAGCAUCUUCGACAGUAUUGUAUCGACAGGGGACACAAUCCCAACAAGACUGUUACCGUGCUGAUUGGUAUCGACUCUGAGAAGUAUCAUCCAAAGCCCGAGAAUAAGUUGUCGGUUCGCAAGGAGUUGGGUUUCCCAGAGGAUGUUCUGCUGAUUGUCUACGUAUCGCGUUUGGAACACGAGAAACAACCAUUGGUAUUUGCAGAGGUGUUGAAGAGAGUGCACGAUCUUGGUUACGACUUUAGAGCGAUGGUAGUUGGUGGCGGUGCAAUGUUUGACAUCUUGAAUGAGACUCUUCACACCGAUGGAAUUGCUGACAAAGUUAGAAUGUUGGGUAGUGUUUCCAACAAGGAAGUUCAACGAUAUGUCGCCGGAUCGGAUGUGUUCUUCCUUCCAUCGAAAAUCGAGGGUAUCUCACUGGCUAUCUACGAAGCAAUGUCAAUGCAAGUGUGUGCAGUGUCUGCCAAAGUCGGUGGACAAGCUGAGCUUGUCACUCCGGAAGUAGGUUACUUGGUUAAGCCUGGCACUCCAACUGAGGUCGAGGAAUACACUGAUAUUCUGGCCGAGUUGGCCUCGAACCGUUCAUUGGCACUGGAACUUGGAGCCAAGAGCAGAGAGCGUGUAUUGAAUGGUUUCUCAGUUAAAGAUACCAUUAUCAAGUUGAAGCAUGAAUUCUGUAAUGCUGCCAUCGUCAGUAAGCUGACCAAUCCGAUAUUUGAUAACGAUUUGAUGCGUCGUGCCUCUAAGGAGAUGGCAAUACUUGGAUUCGAGUAUCAUCGUGCUCACGAUGAGUUACUCCCACUCUGGAACGAACAUGUUGCACUGACUAAACGAUGCCAACCACCUGCACCUGUAAAAGUGACUAGAACCGAACGUCCUCCCUCACCAUAUCCUGUUCUCACACCCGAGGAAGUAAUGGAAACGUUGGACUAUGAGCAACUUAGACCGGUUACCGAUGUUUUCGAAGAGAAGAAAGCAAUGGAUCACAAGUUAAAGAUUGAAUUAAAGGAUUAUCAAGACACUCCAGUGAGAAAGAAUCCAAAGAUUGCCAUUGAGAAAUUCAAACACAACGAUUUCCUCCACAAGUUUAAUCAUGAUGUCGACGAUUGGGAUGAUGACAUUCCAUAUGCCUUCUCGCACCAAGAGUACAUAGCCCAUAUUCCCGAUGCCUUCAUAUCGUCCGGUGACUCUGGAAUAGUAUUCGAUUGGGAGAGAAUGUUUUCGCUUAGUCGUGGUAGAAAUCCAGUGUUCAAUCCACCACCCAAUGAAAUAUCCAAGUGCCAGAUCAGUCGCCACAAAAAGAUAUUCACUCUACUUCAAUUGUAUUUCUCAUUUGGUAAUUUCAUUCAGGAACAACUUCCAAAGUUGGCAAUGGUUUGGGAUGAUCUACAAAAUGACAGAGAUAUCAAAGUAUUAGUACCAAACAUCCCAUAUGCAAAGAUAAUCAUGGAGGAGCUGCUUAGAAUGGAACCAGAUCGUGUGUUAUAUUUUAAUCCUGGUGUUGGAUGGGAUCCAUGUAAAAUCUACUAUGCCAAUCAUGUAAUGUUGCCAUCGCCAAUUCCUACUGGACAUCCACCUCAAGAAUUAAUGUCGCAACUCAGAAACAUCAUUACAAAACAAGCAACUGGACACAAGAAACCAGUCAGUCACGAGAAGAUUGUAAUCUAUGCAUCUCGAUCCGGAACACCGAGCCCAUUACGUAAGGUAUCGAAUGAAGCAGAGGUCAUUGCCACCAUUGAGGAGCUAAUGAAGCCAAUGGGAUAUCAAGUCGUGGUAUGGAGUGGCGAAGAGAAACUCAACUCAUCUCUCGUACGAAUUGCAAGUAAAGCUCAGAUGCUCAUUGGUAUGACCGGAUCAAACUUGAUGCCAAUGUUGGCCAUGCCAAAGAAAUCGAUCGUUAUCGAAGUGAUGCACGAAAAUCCGUGGUUAACUUGGUGGGCAACAUCGGAAUCACUGGAACAUCAACACUGGAUGAUUCCACUACUGGGAAUAGGUUCAUCUCAUGACAGUGAAACCAUACCAAUUCCAUUGGAUUUAUUAAAAACAACUAUAUUACAAUCAUUAAAUUCGACUUUACCAAACUAA